ACUCGGAUAAGGCACUGAGGUAUUCUUGCACCCAGCUGAAGUUCAGGCUGACAUUCACUUCGCAGCAGCUUGUGAUUCUGCCUUGAUUCUGCCUUUGGUUGAGCUUGUGCUUUCCUAAUUGAAGCCACUCCAGUGUGAAAAUGUCCAAGUACUGUGACCAGGACUCCUACAUGGAGGAGAUUGAUGAAGACAAAAUUCUCUCAGGUCUUUCAGCUGAAGAGCUCCAGCAGCUCCAGAACGAGAUGGAUGAUAUUGCCCCUGAUAAGACAGUACCCGUGGGAAUGAGACAGAAUAACACAUCUGUUGAAGCAACAACUCAAGGGGACAAAGAAAGGGAAUCUGAGGAUCAGGAAGACAUUGAUGAAGAUGUGAUUCUGGCAGGUCUUUCUGCUGAAGAGCUCAAACAGCUCCAGAAUGAGAUGGAGGUAAUUGCUCCUGAUGAGAGAGUGCCAGUAGGGAUGCGACAGAAGGACCAGACUGAUAAACCCCCAACAGGUUCAUUUGACCAUAGAUCACUAGUGGACUACCUGUACUGGGAGAGACAAUCUAAACGUUUGCUGAAAGAAGAAAGAAUCCCUACAACCCUGCUUCCCAGUCAGAAGAAAAGGGAGGAAGAGCUAAAGAAUGCAGUGAAAGAAGAUAAUAAAAAUAUUGAUGUAGAAUAUGUGUAUGAGGAGACAGUGGAAGAUCCUGAGAUAGGGGAUCAUGAAGAAGUGAUUGAGGAAGUGAUUGAAGAGGUAAAAGACAAAGUGGUGGAUGUAGAAGCUGGUGAGAAUGAUCAAAAGAGACAGCCAAACAAAACAGAACCUCAAGAGAGUAGCAAUAUUAUUUUUGCUAACUCUCAUCCAGCUCCAAAUUUCUCUGAUUCACAAAAAGAGACAGAAACUCAUAGAGCUGAAUUGAAUGAGGACGAAUCAACAAUAGCUGAAAUUAAGCAAACAGAUCAGAUUCAAUGUAAAACUGUUCCCUCAGCCUAUGAAAACUGGGUUCCUAAGAAAGAAGAGAGAGUCAUAUCCAAGUUGAAGAUCCCAAAGCUUGCACUUGGUGAUGGUUUGAUUAAAAAAACUGCAAGGCCAUCUGGGAAUGAUACCAAUCUGGAAAGCACUCUGGACAAAAUCCGCAAUCAUAACUCCUCUAUCACUGAGAUCAACUUAAACAAUAUUGAGAACAUUCCUAAAGAAAUGCUCUUAGACUACAUUGAGGCCCUGAAGAAGAACAAGCAUGUGAAGACCUUCAGCAUUGCAAACACAGGUGCAGACGAAAAUGUGGCCUUUUCUUUGGCCAACAUGCUGCGAGAGAACAGGAGCAUCACCACACUGAACAUUGAAUCCAACUUCAUUACUGGAAAAGGUAUCAUUGCGAUCAUGCGCUGUCUACAGUUCAAUGAGACUUUGACAGAACUCCGCUUCCACAAUCAGAGGCACAUGCUGGGCCAUCAUGCAGAGAUGGAAGUGGCACGUCUCCUGAAAGCCAACAACACCCUGCUUAAGGUUGGCUACCAUUUUGAGCUUCCUGGGCCCAGGAUGGUGGUGACCAACUUGCUCACUAGGAACCUUGACCGGCAGCGACAACAAAGGAAGGAAGAGCAGAGGCUUCAGCAGAUAAAAGAGCAACGUCAGAUCAUGGAGGUGUAUGAGAGCCACCUCAACUUGCCAUCUGGUCUGCUGGAGAUGUUAGGAGGAUAUAUUCCUGGAAUCGAACAUCUGUGUGCUUCUCAGGGUUCUCAGCAUCUUUCACAAAGCUCUCCAGAACCUUCUAUGGUAUCAACACCAUGUCACCAGCUACACAAGACACACCACCCUACUCGACAACAUCCACCCAGUUCAGACUCAGACUCCAGCAAUAUGUUAAAAGAUGUGAAGCUUAAGAAGACUCCUAAACGCCGUGACCCACUCCUGGAUUUAACUAAAAAAGAAGAGAAAAGAGAUGGGAGGGCUAACAUUCAAUUACGAAGCACUCCCAAGCAGACAAACACAGCAAGUGAAGGCUCUCUGGAUGACAGGGCAAACCUGAAAGAUAUGAUAAAGUCACUGAAACCAGUUCCUCGAAGAAGACAGCCACCAAAAGUAGAACUAACACCACGUGACCUACUCCUCAAUGAAAUUAGACAGAGCAGUGUGGCCUAUCUAAAAGCGGCUGCUCCACCUUCUCUCACCUCCAUACCUCUGUGCUCCAUAUUUAAUGGCUAGUAACUUUCAAACAGAAAAUGCAUCAUCCAGCUGGCUAAUCAUGUUUCUCACCACAGCAGCUGGUAUCCAAUAAAAUGUGAAUAAACAAAGGAAUGCAGCCAUUAAAAAAAAACCUUUUGUUAUAAUUAGUAUAAUAAUAAUAAUAUUAGUAUAAUAAUAAUAAGGUCUGGAGUUGAUUGGAGCAUUAAAUUUGCAUUUGGUAGCUGCUCAUGGGAACUCUCACUAUGCAGUCCAAAAAGGUGUUGAUGCAAGUGAAGGAGGCCAUCAUUAGGCUGUGAAACAAAACAGACCAAUCAGAGAGAUAGCAGAAAGUUUAGGAGUGGCCAAAUCAGCAAUUUGGUACAUUCUCAAAAGAAAGAAUGCACUGGUGACCUCAGCAACUCCAAAAGGCCUUGUUGAAGAAAAACAGUCUACAAUCAAGAGACGCCUUGAAUGUAAAUACAGACAGUUUACCUCAAGAUGCAAACCACUGGUAACACUCAAGAACAGAAAGGUCAGAUAAGACUUUGCUUACAAAAAAACACUAAAAAAAAGCCUGAUGACCAGUUCUGAUGCAAGAUUAACUUUACCAGAAUGAUGGGAAGAGAAGAGUAUGGAGAAGGAAAGGAAGGGCUCAUGUUCCAAAGCAUACCACAUCAUCUGUCAAACAUGUGGAGACAAUGUUAUGGCAUAGGCAUGUAUGGCUGCCAAUGGGACUGGGUCACUGGAGUUUAUUGAUGAUGUGACUGCUUCCAGAUUCCAGACUGGGUCUCAGAUUUCAGGCAGUCAUUGAUAGUCAUUGACUUGCAUCCACAUAUUAAAAAUAAUCCUAAUAUUUAUGAUUAUGUUGGUUUGGCAGUUACUUUUGAGCCUGUGAAAAUGGAGGGACUCUGUAAAAAAUGGCUGUAAUUCCUAAACGGUUAAUGCAAUAUUUUUGUUAAACCCCUUGACUUAAAGCUGAAAGUCUACACUUCAAUCACCUCUUGUCUGCUUCAUUUCAAAUCCAUUGUGGUGAUGUUCAGAGGCAAAAUGACAAAAAUUGUGUCACUGUCGGAAUAUUUAUGGACUUCUUCUAUAGGCCCCCCUUCAGGACGUAAUCAGAAGAAUUCGGGCCCAGGUAGAAUUUGUGUUUGACACCUCUGCUCUAGAAGGAGUAUUUGAAAGUUUGAUUUAUAAGCUUCAUUUCUUGUUGUGGGUUGGUGGUGCUAUAGCAAUAAAUCAUUAUUGGCAUGUGUAUGUGAUCAUGCCCUAUCAUUGAACAUAAAUGUGAACUUUUGGUCACAUUGCGUGAUAUAGUCAAAAUAUAACACACUUCCUGUUUGUGCAGUGUAAUAUGUUAAUUGAUUGCUUGGCCCUAGCAAAACCAUCAAACAUAUGAAAAAAUUUCUUCACAAUUUGGUGUUGAGGACAUCUUUACAUCAUGCUAACCAAAUUUUUUGGAAUCCAGUGAAUCCCUUAGAAGGAGUAUUUAAAAGUAUUUUACCCAUCAAAAAUAAAAACUGCCUGACUUACUGUUGGGUGGAAUUAAUGGAUGCUAUUAUGAAAUUCAUUUGUCUUAAUAAGACCCAUAUGUCAACCAAACUUGGUGCAUGUAAGUGAAACUGGAUGCUCAUACUGAGGAAAACUGUCAAGAGGGGGGUCACAAUCGAGCAUGGGGGCUUCACUAUUGGGUAUAUGACUAUGCACCAGCAUUUAAUAUAAAUUUGAACUUUGGGCCACAUUUCAUGAUAUAAAGUGGAAUUAUGCCAUGCUUCCUGUUUGUGUGUUUUAAUAUGUUAAUUGAUUGCCUUGCCAUUUGGUAUCAUGGACAUCUUGACAUCAUGCUGACCAAACUUGGUUUGUAUCUGAUGAGGAGUAUUUGAAAGUUUGGUACCCAUCAAAACACACAAAAUGAAAUUUGGCCAACUUCCUGUUUGGCAGAGUUAAUGGAUGUGAGUGUGAAAUUCAUUUGUCUUAAGAAGACCCAUAUGCCUACCAAAUUUGGUGCAUGAUGGUGAAACAUACUUGAGAAAAAAAGUCAAAUGGGGACUCUGUAGAGCCCUAAGGUGAUACCUGGAUUCAAUCUUAUGUGAGACCAUGCUAACCAACAUUUCUGAUGUGUAUGCCAAGUUUCGGUUAUGGAUGAAAUUUUCGGACUGAUUUGGCAAUGCUGUGAUCCAAAAUUCAUGAUGAUUAGACAAAAUAUAUGAGAAAAAUAAUAGCAAAAAAUAAUUUUUGUUAAAUUUCAAAAUGGCCAACAUCCUCCUUGGCAAAACACAAAUCUGUAACAUGCAUCUUCCAGGGAAUUAAGAGAAAGAAUCAGGAUUGCAGUAAAGUUAUAAGCAGUUUUAUGAAUUUGUGAAUUAUAGCACCCCCUAAAGAGGAUUUAGACAAAACUUCUUGGACUCCCUUAGGACAAGGCCCAUUACUCAUCUACAAAAUUUGGUGAAAAUCCAUCACGCCAUUGCUGAGAUAUGCCAUCACAUCUUGUUUAGUGAUUUUUGCAACUCAUGCAUUAUGGAAAAACCCAUCUACUAUAUCAAAAAUCUUAAAAACAUGUUUUGUUUGAGUUGGUCUCAUGAUUAUCUCUCCCAAAUUUCAUGAUUAUGGGACAAAAUUUGUAGGAGAAGAUGCAAAAAGAUUCAUUAAAAAACAACCUUUUUUUAAUUCAAAUUGUCUGACUUCCUGUUUGAGAAAUCACAAAUUUGUUAAAUCAAUAAAACUUUGCACCUUCAAGGUGAUCAAGACAAACAUGUAUCUUGAUUUGAUGUUGAGCAGUUUUAAGGUUAUUAGCAAUUUUGAGAUAUGCCCUUGCUGAGAUAUGCCCUCACUUCCUGUUUGGCUGUCAAAUUUGUUUGUGCUUAAUGGACAAAGCAAUCAUUAAAAAAAUCUGAGUAACAAGUUUUGUUCAGAUUUAUCUCCCAAUGAUCACUACCAAAUUUUAUGGUUAUUGUACAAAAUUUGUAAGAGAAAAAGCAGAAAAACUGUUUUUAUUAAAAUUCAAAAUGGCUAGCUUCCUGUUUGAGAAAUCACAAAUUUGUUAAACCAAGUACACUCAGAAUGUUUGAAGGUACCAGAAGCAACAAGAACCUUGAUCUGAUGUUGAGAGGUUAAAAAAGUUACCAGCAAUUUUUAGACAUUUAUGAAUUAUAGCACAAUUUAGAGGUGAAAUAGACAAAAAUUGUUGGAGACCCCUAAGGUGAUGUCCUUCAACGAAGUUUGGUUAUAAUACAUCACAAGGUUGCUGAGAUAUGCCCUCACUUCCUGUUUGGCAGCUUUGCCAUCAAAUUCAUUUGCGUGUUAUGGACAAACCGUCAUGUAGAUCAAUCAUCAGGGAAAUAAAUAUUUUUCAGGCUGAUCUCACAAUGCUGCCUGCCAAAUUAGGUGAAGAUUGGGCAAAAUUUGUUGGAGUAGAAAAAAAAGUUUUUCAUAAAAUUCAAAAUACUUGACAUGCUGUUUCAGAAGUCAUAAAUUUGUUAUAUCCACAAGAUCGGAAACUUUCCAGGGACUCAAGAAGAAAAGAAUCUCGAUUUAGUGUUGAGUGGUUCAAAUGUUAUAAGCAAUUUUACAAAUUUUUAAUUGUAGUGCCAUCAAGAGGUGAAUUUAGACAAAACAACCUAGGAGACCCCUAGGAUGAGGUCCUUCAGUGAUACACCAAGUUUGGUCAAAGAAUCAGAAGAAAGUGGAAUCGCAUUUCUAUGACAUUCUAUUGCGGAGUUAUUAUUGUAAACAUAUGUCCAAAUUUGCCCUAUUCAUGGCACUAGAAGGGUUGAGUUGUGUACACUAAAAUUGAUGUGAAGACAGCUGAUACUGUCCUCUAUCACUGUACCACGUGUCAUAAAAUGCAUACAAAGCAUUGUAUGGCCUGCCAUAGUCUCCCAUGUGGAAAAUACAAUCACUAUAGGACAGAGACAGGCACUCAAGUUGGCGACUGAGUCACACUUAAGUCGCAUAAAAAUAGACUGGAAAAAGACCAGUUAAUUAUUUUUUCUAAUCUUCAACUGUCCAGUUUUGAUGACCUGUGCCCAUGACAGCCUCAGAUUCCUGUUCUUAGCUGACAAGAGUGGAACCCAAUGUAGUCUUCUGCUGUUGUUGCCCAUCCACCUCAAGGUUCAAUGUUUUGUGCUCACUACGGUUGUAAAGAGUGAUUAUUUGAGUUACUAUAUCCUUCCUGGCAGCUCAAACCAAUCUGGUCAUUUUCCUCUGAUCUCUCUUAUCAACAAGGCAUUUCCACCUACACAAAUGUUGCUCACUCAAGGUUUUUGGUUUUUUUGCACCAUAGUAUGUAAACUCUAGACACUGCUGUAGAUAAAAUUCCCAGGAGAUCCGCAGUUUCUCAGAUACUCAAACCAGCCUUUCUGGUUUCAGAGUCACAGAGAUCACACUUUUUCUUCAUUCUGAGGUUUGAUAUAAACAAUGCCGGAAGCUCUUGAUCUGCAUGAUUAUUUUUUUGAAUUGCACUGUUGCCACAUGAUUGGCUGAUUAGGUAACUACAUGAAUGUACAGGUGUACAGGUGUUCCUAAUAAAGUGGAUGGUGAGUGUAUGUGUUGCAAGGUGACUUGUGGGACUUCUUUAAAUACAUUUCAAUCUAGUUAAAACAAACAUAAAUAAAAUGUUAUUAACAAAGGUAUCAUAAAGUAAUAUUUUUCGUUAGCAGAAUGUUUUCUUAUUCUUGGCUGUUUGUUGCAUUCAUAGGCCUGUUGACUAUUUUAUUUGUUAUUUUAUUUAUGUCUAUCUAAAUGUUGGCUGUAUGCAAAAAUGUUAAUUAGACGUUAAUUUUAAAUGAUGGUGUCAUUCUUAUAUAGCCCAAAAUGUGUUUGACCUUUACUUUCAGUCCUUGCAAUGGCAGAGAUCCCACUCAUUGAGAGUAGCAAUGGAGAGGAAACAAUCAAAAAAAGUAAGAGAAACAAAGUGAGAGAAACAAAGUAGUGGUUGCUCUGACCUGAAUUCCUACAUCACAGCAGCAUCUGAGACAGAUGAGAUGAACUGUUUGGAAUUUUGGAAAAGCUAUGCAAAGGACUUUCCACGGCUGUAUCAGGUGGCCAUGAAAGUGUUGGCUAUUCCUGCGACCAGUGCAUCAGUUGAGAGGGUGUUCAGUCAUGGGGGCAUUAUCAUAUGCCCUCAUCGUGCCAGACUCAGUGCAAAGACACUCUCAAAUUCGAUCUUCUUGAAAUGUAAUAGCAGUGCUGUGGAAAGAUUGAGACACACCUAGGACUAGACGGAUAUGUCCAAAAUAUAAUAUCUUAUGAUAUUUUACUCAUUAUUUGUGGUAUAGUGUCUGAUGUUAUUCAAGUUUCCAAGGACAUUACAUAAGAAUAACCAACAAUCCAUAAACACCAAUUAAUAAACUUUCUCCUCUUCAUAAAAGAAUACAAUUUUCUCUAUAGACUUAAAAAAAACUUUCUCUAGUUUUAAAAUUAGUUUUCCCUUUACAAGAACAAAAUUAUAUUGCUUCCAGUUGGCUCUGCUUGAGACUUGUCUCCUUUCAUUGUUAUUCUUUUUUUUGUUUGUUUGUUUAGAGACAAAAAGGCUUAAAACAGGGGUGUCAAAUCUUAUCCACAAAGGGCCAGUGUGGGUGCAGGUUUUCAUUCCAAUCAAGCAGGAGCCACACCUGAGUCCACCUGUUUAAUCAAUUGAUCUUGGCUUUCAAUAGACUCAAGUGUGGCUUCUGCUUGGUUGGAAUGAAAACCUGCAGCCACAGUGGCCCUUUCCUGAUAAGAUUGAGCACCCUUGGUUUAAAAGAUGUCAACACUAAAUAGGGGUUGUCAUUUUGGACAUUAAUAUUCCUUUAUGUGUGUAAAAUUGAAGGACUUUUUAAUGUCUCAAGUGGCAUUUUAAAAAUAUUUUCAGCCUUUCCUUCUAUGAAAAGAAGUGCUAUUUCUAAAAAUGCAGUUGUAAUUUGCACACAACCAGUCUUUUUUAUCAUUACUAUACACUUUCUUUAUCGUUACUAUACAGUAACUAUACAUUUACUUGGACUCUAGCUUAAAGACUCCAGGCUUGACUUGGACUCUAGGGUAAAGACUUUUUGACUUGGACUUCAUAUAUAUAUA